CUCUAUCGGGCCGCGCUCUGGCGGAGCGGCGGUGUUUGAGCCUCGGCGCGGCCCGUAGCGGGAAGGGCCGCGCUGGGCCUCGGCAUGGCGGCGGCCGGCGCGGGGGGCGGGAAGGUUCCGGGCCGCCUGUUGAGGACAUGAAGGAUUCUGGACCACUGUUACUGAAAUGAUACUGCACAAGGCAGCAGUUGCGUUGUCUGUUGGAUGAAACCCGGAUAUUUGCUGUCAGUCAAGAGGGUGAAACCCCCACUGCAGUUUAGAUGUGUAGGUCACUGCGUUACUGUGUUAGUCACUGUCUCUAUGCAGCAAUGACAAGGCUAGAAGAAGCAAACAGAGAGGUGAACAUGCACUCAUCAGUCAGAUACCUUGGUUAUCUUGCCCGAAUCAACCUAUUGGUUGCCAUUUGCAUGGGCCUUUAUGUCAGAUGGGAAAAAACUGCAGAUGCACUGAUUUUGGUAAUAUUUAUUCUGGGCCUCUUUGUUCUUGGAAUUGCUAGCAUACUGUACUACUAUUUUUCAAUGGAAACAGCAAGUUUGAGUCUCUCCAACCUUUGGUUUGGUUUUUUACUUGGCCUUCUCUGUUUUCUAAAUAAUUCUGCCUUCAAAACGGAUGUGAAAGAAGAAGCUACAAAAUAUUUGCUUCUCUCUGCCAUUGUUUUAAGGAUAUUAUGUGCUUUAGUUGAGAGGGUUUGUGGUUGUGUCCAUCAUCGACCAACUCUGCUGACAACAGUUGAAUUUUUGGAGCUGGUUGGAUUUGCAAUUGCCAGCACAACUAUGCUGGUAGAAAAAUCUGUAAGUAUUAUUCUGUUGGUCUUGGCUUUAGCCAUGUUGAUUAUUGACUUACGUAUGAAAUCUUUUUUGGCAAUUCCAAAUUUGGCAAUUUUUGGAGCCAUUGCAUCCCUACUCUUUUUUCCGUCGCUGCAAAUCCCCACAAACCCUUUUGCCUUGGCGUGUUUCUUCAGCUGCCUCAUUUCAGAUCCCCUUCUCGACGUUUACUUCAGUGGACUUUCUGUUACUGAGCGAUGGAAGCCCUACCUGUUCCGUGGUAAAAUUUGCAGGCGACUUUCUGUCGUCUCAGUUGGAGUCAUUGAAUUGAUCUUCUUCAUUCUUGCAGCCUUUAAACUACGUGAUUUGGAUCUCUGGUAUUUUGUGAUCCCUGGUUUUUCUAUUUUUGGAAUUUUCUGGAUGAUCUGUCAUGUGAUUUUUUUUAUAACUCUUUGGGGGUUUCACACAAAACUAAAUGACUGCCACAGGGUGUACUACACUCACCAUGCAGAAAACAACAGCCUGGACAGAGUCAUGGCGUCUAAAGGAAUGCGUCACUUCUGUUUGAUCUCAGAACAGCUGGUGUUCUUCAGCCUUGUUGCGACUGCUGUCUUGGGAGCCGUCUCUUGGCAGCCAACCAAUGGGAUCUUCAUGAGUGCAUUUCUCAUUGUUCUACCUUUGGAGUCCAUGGCUCAUGGGCUUUUCCAUGAGCUGGGGAACUGCUUGGGAGGAACGUGUGUUGGGUACGCUGUUGUGAUUCCCACCAACUUUUGCAGUCCUGAUGGCCAACCAACUCUUCUUCCACCUGAGCAUGUCCAGGAGUUAAAUCUGAGGUCUACUGGCAUGCUCAAUGCCAUCCAGAGAUUCUUUGCGUAUCACAUGAUUGAGACAUACGGUUGUGACUACUCUACGAGCGGACUGACCUUCGAUACCCUGCACUCCAAGAUCAAGUCUUUUCUUGAGCUUCGGACUGCGGAUGGGCCCAGACAUGACACCUACAUUCUGUAUUACAGUGGCCACUCACAUGGCACUGGUGAAUGGGCUCUGGCAGGGGGUGAUGCUUUACGACUUGACACACUGUUGGAGUGGUGGAGAGAAAAGAACGGCACUUUCUGUUCUCGACUGAUCAUUGUUCUAGACUGUGAGAACUCUCAGCCAUGGGUUAAAGAAGUGAGAAAAGUAAAUGACCAGUAUGUUGCUGUGCAAGGAGCAGAAAUGGCCAGAGUGGUAGACAUCGAGGAGGCAGACCCUCCGCAGCUCGGUGACUUCACCAGGCAGUGGGUUGAGUACAACUGCAACCCUGACAGCAGCAUCAGCUGGUCUGAAAAGGGCCGCGCGGUGAGAGCGCUCUAUGGGGUGUCCAAGCGCUGGAGCGACUACACCUUGCAUCUGCCAACGGGAAGCGACGUUGCCAAGCACUGGAUGAUGUACUUCCCACGCAUCACCUACCCAUUAGUACACCUGGCAAACUGGUUUUGUGGUCUCAAUCUCUUCUGGGUCUGUAAAGCGUGCUUUAGGUGCUUAAAAAGAUUGAAAAUGAGUUGGUUUCUUCCCACAGUGCUGGAUACAGGGCAGGGUUUCAAACUGGUCAAAUCCUAAUCAGCAACCAAAGAGAUAAUGAAGUGAGAGCUCUGUGAACUUUCUCACUGUACCGUACUUCAAAGUUUUUCUAUGACUAUUUUUCUCUGAAAAAGUCUGCUCUACUCACUUUAUUCAGCUUUUUGAGCAGCUGCAGUAUAUGCAACAUUUAGAAACUGCAAUCUUAAACAGAAGAGGUUAGAACUAUGAUUUUUUUUUUUUUUUUUUACAUGUACAUAUGUAAGAAACUUAUAUAAUAUGACCAUGCAUUUUGGAGACAGGUCACAUGUUCAUAUGUCUUACUUAAGGCAGCCUUUGUUUAGAGACACCAGUUUGAUGGACAAGAGCUCCUGUGAAUGUUACACCAUGCUGAUCUGUCAUUUAUCUUCACUAUAUGGUUUAAAUACAGGAAAGAAACCAAGCUAAUACUCCAAUCAGUUUACAUGUCCUUGAAAUUAGGUGGUGGGAUCACUGAGCCAAAAAACCCCAGAAUAUAUUGCUACUGUAUGUAAGUAGCUACCAAAAAGCUUUAGUUUUAUUUGCUUUUACAUCUUGUGCCCUGCCUCAGUUCUCUACUCCCGGCAGUGGAAAUUCUCCAUGGAAAACAAGGAAAUCAGACAACCCUCUAAUGCUCUGAUACUCCUCAGAUGGUGUGUGAGUGAAGUGAGUUUUAAAAACAUUCAGUGUUACUUUCAACAUUAAGUAUCUUGCUGGUGAUCUUUGAGCAUACAUUCCCAGUAACUAUUUCAGAUAUGGAAUAAAAAGUCCACUGAGCAUUUUUCCCUCACCUGUUAGCUGAUUCUGAAUUUUUCAGGCUCUUACUAGUUUAUAUUUUGAAAAGCUACUCUGAAGAAAACAAAGCAAAACAAAACCAAGGAAUUUAACAAAGAAAAUAAUCUGUAAAUAAGAAAUGGGAAUACAGGUGUUCCCUGGUUUCCAUGCUUACCUGAAGUCUUUGGUAUGCCUAAGGUAUUGAUUUUGUAAAAUUCUAAAUACAGAGUUAGACCAGUCUUCAUUAUCCAUUAAAAGCACAAGCAAAGUUUGUUCGAAUGGACUAUUUCCUUAGGAGAAGAGGGAAUCCUCGGUAAUCCUGAAGUCUUUUCUCCCACCCCCAAGGUCCUGAUUUUAAUCCUUCCAGAGCUGGAUGGGACUCCAGAAAUCCUUUCCUUCAGUCAUAAAAGCUGCAUAGCUUUUAUGCAUAGACAGUACAAUUUGUGGUGGUUUAUUUGCAUAUGUGUGUGCAAUUCAGUAGACCUACAGUUUACUCUUUUCUGUUUCCAUCAGUAUUUUAAUAAAAGUGUUAGGGAAUAGCUGAUACUUGUCAGAAAUAUAACUUACUAUUUUUUUUUCAUUUAAAUACAUGCAAGUAAUAUGUAUCCCCUUUGCCAUCAUGGCUUUUUCUAAUGCCAUUUGAACUCUUUAGCCAGCCAAGUUAGAGAAUCUGCUAACACUGAUACCCAUCAGUAACUCCAAAAAUAAUGAGAGCUACACCAGCCAAAGCAAUUUGUGCCCACUAUCUUCAAAAUGGUGAUUUUCUCAAAUCUACAACUGGCAGUCACUAAGACAAGUGUUGUUUGGGAAGACACUCCCACACCACUUUCCCUCUCUCUGUCUCCCUCCAUUACAGGAAAAGGGGAUAAAGAAACAAGAGAUAAAUUAUAUCCUAUGAAGACUCAAUGCCUUUGGGUCUUGUCUGAGUAACUGCUGUGAUUGCAGCUCUGUCAGGGAAUCAAGAGGUGGCUGUUGUCACCAUCUGACUUCAGGUAUCCAACUUAAGUUCCUAAUGUGGGAGCCAGAGGUAGGAGCCAUCUCAUUUAAAUUCAGAUGUCCAAAAGCCAAAUAUCUGAAUCCAUACUAGUGGCCUGAAGUGCUCCACUGCUCAUUAGCAAGGAGAAGUAAAUAUUUCCAGAGGAAGACUGAUUUGAUCACUGUCCUAGGAUGAAUUUUCCUGUGAUUAAGGGCAUUAUGUUUUCUUUUUUGGUUUUGCUUUCCUGUGCCAAAGGUCAAGCAGGCAAAUCCCUUAUCUCUCUCGAAUAACCUUAGAGCACCUCUAAGCUAUCCUCUGGAGCCUGAGCUGGGUACCUGAGCUCCUUGUUCAAGCACAUGAACUGGACGCUUGAAGCUGGGUUGAACAAGCACUCGUCAGGUUGCAGAAAAGCAGCACUGCCUUCUGCAGAAGUCACUGUCUUCCAUUCCUGGUCAUCAGCUCUUGAGUGUAGAUACAUAAAGACUGCCUUUACAUUUGGGUUGUAAAAUCACCACUGUUUUGACUCCUCUUUCAGUAAAAGUUCACCUGAUUAAACUGUUACCACUUGAGCCUUAGAAAUUUUUAGUAAAGUCCUCAUGAACAUAAACACCUGAUAGUAACCCUGUAAACAUCUGAAGUCAAGUAGUUCUUUCUGUUCUGGAAAAGCUUUAAAUAUCAACCAUAACACUUGCCACUGUCCAUUAUAAUGGACAGAUCUUAAUGGGUAAAUCUCUACCUGCUACUGUUGCAUUUUUAUGAACAUCAUCUCUAUCUUUCUUUUUGAAAGGGAGCAAGAAAAGUGUGGGAUUCCUGACCUCUCCUGAAUCUGUGAGCAGGAAUCCACUAUGCAGUGCAGUGAUGGACUUAGCUCUGGGCAGAAUAAAUGCAACAGCUGGUCCUGCUCUAUUGCCUCUGGAUAUUAAAUGGUUUCCAGCUUACUUAUCAAGGUUAGAUUUUUUUCUAGGAUAGACUGGGUGAUAGUCAGUUUGCUGAAAGGCAGAUAAAGAGCUGAAAAAUAGAGCAAAAAUACUAUUUACAAAACUAAUCAUGUUUGCAGAUUUGUUUCUAUUUUCUCAAUUAUAGACCUCUGGUUUUCUGAAUUUGAAGUAGUACUAACAUGAGCUAAGGUGUUCCUACUUCUGAUUUUGUUAUUGUUUUAAACAGCAAAGACAUGGUGAAAAUGCUAACUUGAAAAGAAUUGUUUACAGCUGUUCCAAUUUUGAGGCCUUUUCGGACAAAGAGACUGUCAUGUGUUUCGAAACGCUGUCACACUAGGGCCAUGCAUGAUGAUGAAUUCAACUGCAUCAGUUCUUCACUUCUGCACUGACUUACAUCAAGGCAUCCUACAGUGACCCACAUUCCCAGGUGGAAUUCUUCUCCAGCUCCUGGUGCUUACACUUCUCCGCAGGUCUCUGCCCAGCCUCAGGCAUGUGCCCGAGGGACAAAGAAGCUCCUAUAAUCCAAGUGAGGAGUUACCCUUCUGCUGUUCCUGUAUAAAAGACAGGGCCUGAAAGAAACUGAAAUUUAAUUCCAAAGAAUGUUACAUAUGCUGUCAGUUAUGUACAUGUUGUUUAGUGGCAGCAUGUACAAAUUUCUGGGGAGAGAAAAGCUUUUUUUGCGAGGUUUGUAUCUGUACUGUAUAUUCAGACAUUUUGCCAUAAAGUUUGUUAUAAACUUGUGUCACAGCAUAAUUUUAUAUUGACUUUGUUUCAUUUACCUCCUGUAUAGUAUCAGUCAUGCUGAAAUAUGCAAAUGCACUGAGUCUUUUAAAGGGGUUCAAAUUGCUUAUUCACAGUAGUAUUUUUCUCUGAAAAAGUACUGAGGAGGAAAAAAAGCCAUUGUUCUUCAUUUUUGCACUACUAGAGAUACGUAUUUGCAGUUCCUCAUGCUUUGUAUGCCUUGUAGUUGUUGUCCAGUCUUCAGUUCAAGUUUUUUCCAGAAUAAUUUUGUUUAUUUUGUAAAAGCAUAGUUAAUGCUUUUAAUGCAGUGAAGCACCUCUGUUGCCAGUAGUAGACAAUGAAAUCAGAUUAAUUUUCUUGUUUAUAAAUACCUUUUGUGGGAGGAUUUUUACUGAAUAUACGGUUUUUAGAUAUGUAAAUACAUUUUUUGAGUGUAUUUGUGAUACUACUUAAAUAUAUUUUGCUGGUUUGGAUGCUCAUUUCCAUUUCAUUUUUUGUUUAUGUCUUGAUCACUUUCCAGAUUUCUGUGCUCCCUCUUGAAUUACAUGGGGGUUUGCUAUACAGCUUGCUUCACAGGAGGUUUUUUAUAACUAGAAAGUGCAAGAGUUUACAGAAAAUAGAGCAUUUUGAAAAUACUCUAAGGGAUAUUUUUAGUUCAAUAAUUUAGUAGAAAUGAGAAAUACUAGCCUAAAUUAUUGAUGCCUUUCACCUUGUCUUUUUUUAUCACUUAUUCAACAAGCUAGUAAAAAUGGUGUUUAUACUUCAAGAUGUAAUUUUAUAGAGAUAUAAUUGAAGACUUCCUUUACAUGAGUACUUGUAGUUAGUCAAACUUCUUAUCUCCAGUAAGAUCAAGUUAGUGGAAGCUUCCUGUGUGAGAUCAAGCCUGGGAGAGGAAGCAGAAGGAAACUGUUGCUGCAGCAUGGUGAGGAGGACAAAUCCACACAUCUGCUUCUCACAGAAAUUGCUGAGGAGGUUUCUGCACUUGGUCCUCAUGGAACAGUCCCAGCAUUCCUCUCAGCAAGCCUGUACUUGUUAAGUGAAGACUUUGCUGGGCAGUGGAGAAGCAGAGUGAUUCUCUGCUAAGAGGUGAUGGGCAUUGCAGUGGUAAUCUGGUGUCCAAAGCUGCUGAGAAGGGCACUGACCAUGGGCAGUUCUUUGGCACAUUGACUGCCUGAGUACAAGGAUGGUUUAGGGCACCUUUUGCUUGCUUGGGGGGGUGGUGUUUAACAGGAGUUUAAUUUUGGCUCUUGUACUUUGUGGUUGAAUUAAUUAAUUUUGUGAUUUACUAAUCAGUGUUCUUUUCUUACUAAACUGGUGUAGGUAGCCCUAGAGAACAGCACAGCUCGCCCUCACUGCUGCCUGCAGAUAAUUCUAAGGCUCUUUGAAUGGAAUCGGACAACCCAAGAUAUGUCUCAAUCCAUGGCACUGGGUUUGGGGAUUUUCCUAACCUUU